AACGUAAACCACGCACACAACCGCAUGUCGCGUCGGUGAGCUGUUGAGUCAACCACGUGCGUUCUUUCCCACAAUGUUAAAGCCCCUCAAUUAAGUCACCCCAGAGAAUGAAAACCGUCUAAAACCCCCAUCAGUGUCGCGAACACGCAACCCACGCGAUGACGGUAAAACCCGCCAACGGCGCCGGCGGCGCCCCCGACGACGGCGGGGCCGUCAAGCUCAAGCGCAAGAUCACCCUGAUGAACGGGGUGGCCCUCAUCAUCGGCACCAUCAUCGGCAGCGGCAUCUUCGUGUCGCCCACGGGCGUCUACCUCAGCACCAGGUCCGUGGGCGUCUCCAUCAUCGUGUGGUGCCUGUCGGGGAUUUUCUCCACGCUGGGCGCCCUGUGCUACGCCGAGCUGGGCACCUCCAUCACCAGGUCCGGGGGCGACUACGCCUACAUCUACGUCGCCUUCGGGCCGCUCGCCGCUUUCCUGCGGCUCUGGAUCGCGCUGCUCAUCAUCAGGCCCACGACGCAGACCAUCGUGGCCCUCACCUUCGCCCAGUACGCCGCCAAGCCGUUCUUCCCCGACUGCCAGCCCCCGGACAACGCCGUCCGGCUGCUGGCGGGGGUGUGCUUGUGUCUUCUGACUGCAGUUAAUUGUCUCAGCGUCAGAUGGGCUAUGCGAAUACAAAGCGUCUUUACGGCGGCAAAGCUAUUCGCUUUAGUGGUCAUCAUCCUUACAGGACUUUACGAUAUAACCAUCAACGGCCAUACUGAAAAUUUUCAAAAUGCCUUCGACGGAAAUUUCGAAGUUUCCCAGCUGGCUUUAGGAUUCUACUCCGGUUUGUUCGCUUUCGGGGGCUGGAAUUUCCUCAAUUUCGUUACUGAAGAACUUCAAGAUCCAUACAAAAACCUCCCCCGAGCUAUUUGGAUCGCCCUCCCCAUGGUAACUGGCGUCUAUGUUCUGGCAAAUGUGGCAUACUUUACCGUGCUUUCCGGAAUUGAGAUCGAAAGCUCUCCGGCUGUCGCCGUUUCCUUUGGCGCCCGAAUGUUUGGACAGCUUCAGUGGCUGGUGCCUAUUUUUGUGGCACUUUCCACCUUCGGGGGCGUAAAUGGAAUUCUCUUCACGUCUUCAAGACUGUUUCUCACCGGAUCUCAAGAAGGACAUUUACCGGACUUGUUCUCUUUUAUUCAUGUUAGGAGAAUGACGCCCAUUCCAUCGCUUAUUUUUACGUGUGUUACCUCUUUGGCGAUGCUACUAGUCAGUGAUGUUUUCAUUCUUAUUAAUUACUAUGGACAGAUUUUGUGGUUCUCGGUGGCGGCCAGUGUAGGAGGAAUGUUGUGGUUGCGAUAUAAGCAACCCGAUAUGCCAAGACCAAUCAAAGUGAAUUUGGCUAUUCCCAUUUUGUUCCUGUGUUGUUGCGCAUUUGUGGUGAUAUUCCCUAUACCGACCCAGCCGUGGAAUACUGUCAUCGGGGCUGCAAUCACGUUGUCAGGUGUCCCAGUGUAUUAUUUAUUCGUGGAAUGGAAAAAUAAACCACAGAAGUUUAACGCAACUAUUCGAAAACUGACUGAGAUACUCCAAAGUAUUAUGAAUGUGACCUCACCAGAGGCUGAGCAAACCUUAUCCCAUUCUUAAUUUAUUUAUUGUUUUUAAGUUAUGUAAAUUGUGAGUUUUUUUAUAAGUGUUGUAUAUGAGAAAUAUAGUCGUCUGGCAAUAUCAAACAA